GACUAUGAGAUGACGAUGAAUCCUGCCAGUGUGCUGUGAAUACGAAGCAGAAGAAGGGACUUGCAAUUUGUGUGCAGGAGGGGAAGAAAACAAGUCAAGGGCCUCUGGAUUAGCAGACUGAGGAAAGGAAAAAAGAUCUAUUUCUAUUUCUUCCUCAAACACAAUUUCAAGGGUGACAGCAUCUCUGUCUGGACUAAGCUAUAGUGACUCCAAAAGCCCCUCUGGACUGUGGGAUAUAGUUAUUUUGUCUCGCUCGCAUUGUGGAGAAGUUCUCCAUCCUGAGCUUCAGCAAUGAAUUUCCUCCGAAGGCGCCUCUCGGACAGUAGUUUUGUGGCCAACUUGCCCAAUGGCUAUAUGAUGGAUCUGCAGCGUCCUGAUAACUCCACUAGCUCUCCAGGUUCUCCAGCAACUGAGAGGAAGCAACAGCAACAGCCAUCUCAGCCAUCACCCUCUUCCUCUUCUGGAACCAGUAUUUUCAGUUCCAUCUCCAGUGCCAUGAAGCAGACCACACAAGCAGCUGCAGGACUGAUGGAGCACUCGGCAAGCCCUGCUCCUGUGGCUCAGAAACCCAAGAUCCUUUUGGUGAUUGACGAUGCUCACACGGAUUGGGUCAAGUAUUUCCAGGGGAAGAAGGUGAAUGGAGAAUUUGAGAUCCGAGUGGAACAGGCUGAGUUCUCAGAGCUGAACCUGGCUGCUUACGUUACUGGUGGCUGCAUGGUGGACAUGCAGGUCAUGAGGAACGGCACCAAGGUAGUAAGGUCCUUUAAGCCUGACUUUGUUCUGGUUCGACAACAUGCAUACAGCAUGGCGCUAGGAGAGGACUUCCGCAGCCUCAUCAUCGGCCUGCAGUAUGGCGGAGUCCAUAGUGUCAACUCCCUUUACUCCAUCUAUAACUUCUGCAGCAAGCCCUGGGUGUUCUCUCAGCUAAUUAAAAUCUUCAACUCGCUGGGUCCUGAGAAGUUCCCCCUUGUGGAGCAAACAUUCUUCCCAAGCCAUAAGCAGAUGCUCACAACCCCAAAUUUCCCUGUCGUGGUCAAGCUGGGACAUGCUCAUGCUGGAAUGGGGAAGGUAAAAGUUGAGAACCAGUAUGACUUCCAGGACAUGGCCAGCGUGGUUGCCAUGGCGAAAACCUAUGCCACCACCGAGGUGUUCAUCGACUCCAAGUACGACAUCCGAAUCCAGAAAAUCGGCAGCAAUUACAAAGCUUACAUGAGGACAUCCAUCUCUGGAAACUGGAAGGCAAACACAGGUUCUGCCAUGCUGGAGCAGAUCGCAAUGACAGAGAGGUACAGACUCUGGGCGGACUCCUGCGCCGAGAUGUUUGGAGGCCUCGAUAUUUGUGCCGUCAAAGCUGUCCACAGCAAAGAUGGGAAGGACUAUAUCAUUGAGGUGAUGGAUAGCUCGAUGCCCCUGAUAGGGGAGCACGUGGAGGAGGACACACAGCUCGUAGCUGAUCUGGUUGUCUCCAAAAUGACUCAACUUCUUGUGACUGCAGGAUCUACCCCCUCACCUCCGAGGCCUUGGCCACAACAAGUCCAGACUCAGUCAAUGAAAUCACAGAUGCAGCCUCAGCCUGGACCUCAGCUUGGACAACCGCCCCAACCACGGCCACCUCCUCAAGGGGGUCCACGCCAGCCUCAGGGAUCUCAGCCUCCACGGACUGGAGCACCUCCACAACAACGGCUCUCUCCUCAGGGCCAGCAGCCCCAAAGUCCCCAGUCUAGCUCACCUCAGCAGCAGAGGUCGCCUGGAUCCCCCCAGCUAACACAAUCUUCCACUGGAACUUCUCCAGUCCAGGCCUCCAAGCCGGGCAUCUUCCCACCACAGCAGCCUAGACCCCCUGCCCAAGGACGGGCUCCUACUCAACAAGGCCUUGGUGAAACACCCAAGCAGCAGGCCUCCCCACAUCCACACCUGAACAAAUCCCAGUCCCUGACGAACACCUUCAGCAUAUCUGAAUCAUCACAACGGGGAAACGCCAACGAAGAUGAGGCAAAAGCUGAAACCAUCCGCAACCUGAGGAAGUCUUUUGCUAGCCUGUUUUCUGAUUAACAUCCCUGGAGUCAGAUCAGUGCUUUUGUUAGCCCACUCUUCGUAUCAACCUACCUGAUGUUAUCGUGGAAUUUACUCACUGGUACCUAAUGAUUCAUGCAAAAUCUGGGAACAAUCCUUCAAGCUAUCUUUUCUAAAUGGGUUUUGCCCAGGAAUUAGUUAGCCCUAGAUGUGUUAAUUUUAAGGGUUAUUCCAACAUGGGCCAGAAAAGUGAUUAUGUAAAACUAGCACUUUCUCACAUGGUAGAUCUGCUCUGUGUGCAUAGUCAGUCAGAUCUGCUUACUUGAGUGACCGGAAAUAAUUUCAAGGUACUUUUUACUUCUAUUACCCCUUUCUGAGACAACACAGCUAUUGGAGAGCAAAUUAGAUUCUAUUUUGGCUUGCACAUUAUCAAUAGAAUGAAUAACUACGAUCCCAUUACAGACCCUUUAUUCUCGUUGAGGCUGACCCAAAAGGAACAGAGUUUGAUUUCUGAUGUGAAUGUGCAGCCAGAAGUUAGAAUAAACAUGUUUUCUUGUAAAGUGAGCAUGUUUGAUCUGGAAAUCAUGUAGACACAAUGAAUUUGGAACCUCAUAAUGCUAGCUUUACAGAGUCACUUUUCUGAGCAGAAACACAUCUCAAGCAAAACUCGGUAUCAGCUGUUAGUGAGUCCCAGAGAUCAUUGGAGCAGGGUAUUAUAUUGGAUUUCUGCUCUGCUCAUGGCCGUCUUAUCAGUAGCAAUGUAAAUGUCUCUGUUUCAUGCCUUGAGGCUAUGUUUCCUAUAUGUGUUUCUUGAUUUCUGGGAGAAAGGUGUCAUGUUAUAACUCUACAGCCAUAGCUCAAAAAUAAACCAGAAAAUAGGACUGAAAAAAUGGAUAAUUUAUGUUCAAAUAUAGUUCACACCAACUUCAGAUAAAAUAAAAGCAGAGUUUAUGAGGUGUUUGUACCCUGUUAUGAGUCUUCCAUACUACAGACUGGCGAAAGCCAUGGGGUAAAAUCUUGGCCCCACCUAAGUCAAAGGGAGUUUUUCAUGGACUUAAGUGGGGCCAGGACUUCACCCAUGGAGUCAAUGCAAGGUGAGAGACCUGGGACUGAAUGGCUUCCCCCUGGAGAACUAUCACUUGGGAGGGAGAACAACCAGUAGAGCCUGGUGACCCCCAAAGUGAGAAGGCAGUUUACAGCUGGAGCCAUGAUGUAUCUGAUUGCCCCAAGGAAUCUCCCCUGGGGCAGGUUAUCAGUAUUACGGGUACCCCAAAGAAUUAUUUUUCUGGAGACUCGUGAGGGUGGCAGAAAGGGACCAGUAGUUGAACCAUUGCCUGUUCUGCUUUGCUUCAUGGCAUGUGACAGUCUAAAUCAGGGGUGUAUGCAACUAGCUUCAGACUGAGCCAUGACAAAAAUGAGUGACAAAAGCUGUAUGAAUAGCUGGACAUUGAUGGAGCUAGGACAAUUUACCCCAACUGAGGCUCUGCUGCUUGGAACAGGAGCAGUUCAAUUUACAACACACCUGCUGUGGGUGUGGUAUUUCCAUCCCACCAAUCUUAUGCACAGGAAGCGAGGCCCUGUGAACCCCAGUGAGGAGGCAGAUGACACAGAAGACAUUUCUGCUAGACUUUCCUUCUGGGUCUAUCUAGUAGUGUUGUACCAAUCCUCACAUGUAUCUUUAGGGCUGGACCCUUGAGACCAUGUCCCCUUUGCAGCACACCAGGAAGUUCCGGUUUGGGGCUGGGAGAGGACAUUUUAUGGCUAUCGAACACAUUUCAGUGUGCAGCUCUGCCUGUGGCUUAGUGCUUUCCUGUAACCUGAAAUGGGAACAGAAACCCAAAGUAGCAAGAAAAGCAGCAGGCUGGCCAUCCCAUUUACACCAACAUGGGAAUAAAGCCAGACAAUUCAUUCCUGCACAACACCAGUAACAACUGUCACCACAGUGCAGCCACAGCGACCCAAGGAAAUCAGCUCCCAGGGACGAUCCUGACUGGGUCUUUAGAUGAAAUGUGUCUGCUGAGCUGUGUGCUUUCCAGCAUGCCAUUUUUCUGGGUGGGGAGGCUCUUUGGAUCGAUGAAUUAUGGCUGUAGGUUAAUAUUGAAGGAAAAUAACCUUCUGACUUAUUUUCCUUCUGUGAUUCUAGCUCUUCCUUUCGGGUUUGCUAAGUGGUGAAACACGUAGCACUGUAACUACAAGUUACUGCCCCUGUGCAGGAGCGAGAAAGUGGCGCAUGCUGCUUUGCAGUCUCCAGGCACAAUAAAGGGGUGACAAAUGGCCUUGAAUUGCCAUGAGCACACACUGUACACUAGCAAAAACAAUAGCUGAUUUAACAGGCUCCAUUUUGUGGAGAGGAGGUAGUGCAACUCUGGUGUGAGUGGGGGGGGGUUCCUUCUUUACACACACACACAAUUCUUAGGCUCUUUCCUUUCUAUCUAGGCUUUUCUAGAGAGUAAAUGUUUCCAGCAGGGCUUUGGAGCUGCGCUCCUGCUCCGCUCCAGCUCCAGGCAAAAACCUGCAGCUCCACUGCUCCAGAGCUGCUGCACGCUCCAGCUCCGGGCUCCACUCCAAAGCCCUGGCAGGGCACAUCAAAGAAAAGGACUCACUGCCAGAAAUCUCAGCUGUUCACCCCCACUUAUAAACCAAGUAACUUGUUUUGCUUCCUCUUUUCAGCACUGUCUAUGCAAAACUGAAAUAACUAGGAGACUAAUCUGAAAUAACUAGGAGACUUCACAUCAACCCACAGUGGUCACUGUACCACCAAUUGGAGCACUUGCUAAUGCUGCUGCUCAGAGCAGCAGCGUUUACCUUCCACUGUUUACUACUAUUGACUCUAUGCAAAGGUGACUCAUCUAAGGGAAUACAAAUUUAAGGUACUAUUUAGUGCUACUCAACUGCCUCAGGCCCAACAACCUGAAUUCCCCACCCCCCACCCCCCAUUUCUUUUCAAGACCUCUGUGCAGCUACAAGUGCAUGCAGCCUCUGGGAGCAAAAUCUACACCUCAGCCCUGGAAGUCAAGUGGAAGGCCCAGAUGUGCUCCCAGCAAUGCACGUUUGGUAACAGUGAGCUUUGGGUUUGAGGAUGGUAGGACAUUUCCCCCCAUUUUUAGCCUCCAGCCCAUUUUAGGGUGUAGGUUUAUUAAAUUAACGAAGUGAUGCUUUGUCCUAAAUGAAAGGCCAGUGAGAAAUGCAUGGAUCUUUAAGGCUAGAAGGGACCAUUGUGAUCAUCUAGUCUGACCUCUUGUAUAACACAGGCCCCCGAGACCCUCUCCCAGUCAUUCCUGCAUCAAGCCCCCAACUUGUGGUUUGAACUACAACACUGCACUUGGAAAGACAUGUAGUUUUGAUGUAAUGACUUCAAGUGAUGGAGAAUCCACCACAUCCCUGAGUACAUUGUUCCAGUAGUUAACUACCAUCACUGUUUAAAAAAAAAAAAAAGAACCUGUACUUUAUACAAGCUGCUUGUUGCUAUAGUGCAGUCCUCUCAAGCGACCUGCAUACCCCCAGCUGGCAUGACUAGCAAUGCCAGCACAAUUCUAAGAGAUAUUUAGGCUAGGUGAAGUUACAGGGGGUCACAGCUCCCUAUUAUAUUUUACAUACAUUCAUAUGUGCGACUCAGACAGUCUCUAUUCAUACUGCUAUGGCAUUAUCUGACUACAGGAGACCAAAAGAACUACAAUAGUUGACCUAAUUAAAGCAAGAGAGAUCGGGGGGGGGGGGAGAGACAGGGCGCGAAUCAACAGUUCGGACAGCAACUCAGUAUUUUAUUUCAAAGAAAUCUCCAGUUUACAGGAACACAGCCAGAACUGUAAGUCCAAGGCCUGAGCAACACUGACAUUUUGCCAGCAUAGCUA